AUGGCAAGAACUAAUGCAGCUUUAUUUGAAAAUGAACCAGUUACCUUUGAUUCAUUUUUAGAAAAUGAUGAUGAUUAUAUCUUAGCUGAUUAUGAAUCAACUUCAUUGGCUUCAGUUUCAUUGGUCUUAGCUUUAUUGGCUUUAGCUUUAGUGACUUCAGCUUCAUCAGCUUCGGCUUUAUCAAAAGCUCAUAUAAGAAUUCUUUUAUUGGAAUCUAGUAUGCUACCAACAGAUGCUUCAUUUGACAAUGA